AAACGUUCGCGGCGCACACAGCCAGCGUAAAAUGCGUGAGCAUCGGGCGGAAGACGGGCGAAAGGGUGAUUACGGGCGGCGACGACAAGAAGCUGCUCCUCUGGUCCACCCACGACCGCGAACCGCUGCUCAAGCUGAGUGGCAACACCAGCGCCGUGGAGAGCACACUGCUGAGCAGAUCGGAGGACCAGGCGAUCUCGGGCGUGCUGAGUGGCUCUGUGAAGCUGUGGGACCUCAACGAGGGCAAAGCCGUGCGCACCCUAACAGGCCACAGGGGGUCGGCCCUCUCGCUGGACUUCCACCCCUUUGAGCCGUUCUUUGCGUCGGGCUCCCAGGACUGCACUGCCCGCGUGUGGGACCCGAGGCAGAAGGAGGCAGUGCACGUGCUGAAGAACCAUGGGAAGGGCGUGGCGUGUGUGCGGUUUAGUCCGGAUGGGCAGUGGCUGAUGACAGGCGGGCAGGACUCGGUGAUCAAGCUGUGGGACGUGCAGGCGGGCAAGGUACUGCACGAGUUCAAGCACCACCACGACGCCGUCACCUGCCUCACCUUCCACCCGCACGAGCUGCUCCUUGCUAGCUGCUCCAGUGACCGCACAUGCAAGUUCUGGGACCUGGAGACGUUCGAGCUGGUGGGGUCUACAGGCACAGAGGCCAGUGGCAUGCGCUCACUAGCCUUCACUCCUGAUGGCCAAGCGCUGCUAGCCCCCUCUGCCGACUCACUCAAGGUGUGGGGGUGGGAGCCCGUGCGCUGCUUCGACACGGUCAGCGUGGGAUGGUCCAAGGUAGCUGACGUCAGCAUUCACGACGGCAGGCUGUACGGCGCCUCGUUCUCGCACACCUGCGUCAGCCUGUGGCACGUCGACCUCAUGCAAGUGGCGCCGUUUGGAUCGAGCGCGUCAGAGAGCACGGAGGAGGAGAGGAGCCUGUCAGGCACCACGAUGGGCCUGCCCCUCCCCGCCUCGCCCACCACCUCCACCGUCUCCUCCACUGUCUCCUCGGUGUCAACGCCUGUGCACUCCCGUGCACCGUGCUUCCAAGGUGGGUAA